CAGCAGUGUCUUGCUGUGAUCCUGUGACACUACAAUCCUAGACUCCUAGUUCCUGUCUUAUUUUAGCAUGAGUUCAUAACUUCAUGACUGUCUGAGUCACUAUCAAGUAUCAACCUACCUCUUACUAGUUUAAUAUCAAUAUACACCAAAUAGCUUUUAUCUCUGCCUCGUAGAUUCUACGAAGAUAUAAAACCAAUACUUUUACUCUUCAUUAAGAUCACCAUCUUGCGACAAUUAGACUGACACCGCCCACCAAUCCUUGGCAGUCAUCAUUCAACGCAGCAAAACAGUUCCAUGAUCAUGAUUAGUCAUACAAAUCAAUAUAGUUAACUAGUUAUCUAUCUAAUCUCAAAAAACUUUCCUCCGACAUCCAGAUUUACCAACAGGUGUGAUCACACCCACUAAAAAAUGCCCUUAAGUUAUAAUGGCAAUGACGCCUUCUCAUUGCCACUUGCAAAGAGACAGAAAACAGACACAGGCAGUACUGCUUGUAGAGUUCCACAAGAUACUGGGUCUAAGAUUUUUUCGCCUUUUCGGACGCUUGGGUUGGUUUCGCCAACCGCUGUCCCCUUUACAUACGCUCGGCUUGGAAAAGUUACUUUUCAAAUAACAACAUCCGUCGGCCGCUGUCUUCAUACCUAUGACCUACGUCAAGGGCUCAAGUUAGUAUUUAUUAGUCGCCCGCAAACCCCGCGAGAUAUUACCGCCACAUUCGCGUGGCAAGAUAAAGUAUUCGCAGCCUGGGGGGACGCAGCGCCAGGAGCUCCUAGCGGCAUCUGGGUUUUCAAGCGCGGGAAGAAAAUUGCAUCACUGGAAAUCCUGGCCGACAUUCCUGAGCCGAUUGAACAUCUGGUUGUUUUCGGCUCGUGGAUUGUCGGAUGCUGUGGAAACUCGAUCACAGUGUGGAAAAAUGGAACAUAUGAGUAUUAUACAUCGCUUACUCUUACACGCUCCAGCGGGACCUCCCGCCAACCCGCCUAUGCGACUCGAAUCUGCAAUGUCCCAACUUAUCUUAAUAAAGUUUUCAUUGGAAAAUCCGAUGGGGCUGUUGAUAUCUGGAAUUUAAAGACCGGGAAACUUAUUCACACCAUUCUCCCAGCCUUCCCCAGCGCGGGGCCAGUUACCGUGCUUCGACCAAGCCCCGUGCUUUCAGUUAUCGCAAUCGCCUAUGGAAGCGGAUCAAUCGUGAUACAAAAUGUGGAAACCAGUCAAAUAAUUUUUUCAUUCCAACCGCAAACGUCUCAUGCCCGAGCCAUAACGUGUAUCGCCUUUCGGAGCGAUGGUGCCGGAGCGGGAGAAGACGGUCGUGAGGCUGGGGUGAUGGCAACCUCCUGUGUGGAUAGUGGAGAUAUUACACUAUGGGAUUUGAAUGACGGUGGCCGUGUAACGGGUGUCCUUCGCGAGGCUCAUAAAGAUCCAGGAGACAGCACGGGCUCGGGCAUAAACCACAUGGAGUUCCUAGAUGGCCAACCAGUAAUUGUCUCCACGGGGAAGGAUAAUUCACUUAGAACUUGGAUUAUCGAUGAGUCUCCGUUUUCCCCGAUUCCGAGACCUCUACACUCCAGACGGGGCCAUUCGGAUGCCAUAACUACCAUCUCGUUUCUACCACCAUCCACCGACGGCUCAGAAUCAACAGCGAAAUGGCUACUGAGCGCUGGCAAAGAUAGCAGCUUGUGGGGAUUCAGCUUACGAAAAGACAGCCAAAGCACCGAGGUAUCUCAAGGCUCUGUGAAUCAAAGGGCUAGAAAAAGGGGCCAAUCCCUGUCAAACCAGACGAAUCUUAGGGCGCCUGAAAUUACUUGUAUUGCAUGCUCCCUUAAUCGGGACGGUGGAAUGGGUGUCACGGCAUCAGGCCCUGUUUGGUCGAACCCAACAGCUACCGGCACGAUGUCGUCGAAUAGGACUGGAUGGGAGAGUAUAAUAACGGGCCACCGUGGAGACAAGUAUGCUAGGACCUGGUUUUGGGGUAAGAAGAAGGCUGGACGCUGGGUAUUUGAGACUGGUGAUGGGACUGAUGUUAAGAGUGUCGCUAUAUCCCAGUGUGGUACUUUUGCAGUGAUUGGAUCUGCAGGAGGUUCCAUCAGCCUGUUCAAUAUGCAGUCUGGGCAACAUCGGCAAAGCUAUCCUCGAAACGUUAACAACAAAUUGGGUAAUGAAGGCGUCGGUCCGGUGUCCCAAACAAAUAUUUCUGCAAUGCAUACAAAGGCUGUCACUGGCCUGGCAAUUGAUAGUCUAAAUCGGACAAUUGUCAGUUGUGAUCUUAACGGCAAGGUCAAGUUUUGGGAUUUCAAGUCUGGUUUGCUCCUUAGUGAGCUUGACUGGUAUCCGAUGACGGCCAUUACAGCUCUGCGAUAUAGCAACACAAGCGACCUGGUUGCAUUUAGCUGCGAUGAUCUUUCAAUACGUGUUGUUGAUGUGGAAACAAGAAAGGUAAUCCGUGAACUCUGGGGUUGCGCAGGACAGAUCAAUGACUUGACUUUCUCUGGCGAUGGGCGGUGGAUAAUUGCUGCUUCUAUGGACUCCAUUAUUCGGGUGUGGGACUUGCCGACUGGCCAUCUCAUCGACCUUUUCCGCGUAACCAGUACGUGCACCUCGCUGACUAUGUCUCCCACUGGAGACUUUCUAGCCACGGCGCAUGCAAAUGGUGUAGGAAUCGGCCUCUGGUCGAAUAAAAACUUGUUUAUGCCAGUGUCCACAAGAAAUCUUCAGGUAGAUAAUUUGUCGGAUACUGGCCUCCCUACCUCAUCGGGCGAGGGAGGUGUCGGGAUCAUUGAAGCAGCCUUCACGAAAGAUUGCGAAGAAACCAACCACGACGGCCCGGUCCUAUCUACGGAGCAGCUCACUCAAGAGCUGUUAACGCUUAGCGUUGUCCCCAGAAAUAAGUGGCAGACCUUGGUUCACAUGGAUUUGAUCAAGGAGCGGAAUAUGCCCAAGGAACCGCCGAAAGUGCCCGAGAGAGCCCCGUUCUUUCUUCCUACGCCCCCAACUAACGGUGCAGUUGGUAACAACAUCAAUGCACAAUUACCAGGGGACCUGACACCAGCGGAGCCUUCACGCAUUGCCAAAGUCCAGCUUUCUAAAAGUACAACUCAGGGCUCUCGGCUCGCAUCAAUUUUACAAGCAGGCUAUCUGUCUGGGAACUUCGACUCCUUCUUUUCCGAGCUGAAAUCAUUGACCCCAGCGAAACUGGAAGUGGGGAUGAGGUCUUUAAGUCCACAAGUAAAAGGGGACCAGUCUGAACUGUCAACCUUCAUUCUGGCAUUGUCUGACCGCCUCGCUUCGAAGAAAGAUUUUGAACUCGUCAAUGCCUGGAUGGCAGCGUUUUUAAGGAUACAUUCUGAUGUUAUCGCAGCGUGCUCCGAGUCGAGCGAGAGUACCGAGAAUACGCUGAAAAGCGCCCUUGGUGUUUGGAGUCGGAUCCAACGGACAGAAAUCCAGCGCCUGGCAGGUCUUGUAAGCUACUGCCGGGGUGUUGUUGGGUUCCUCAGGUCCACUCGGUAGAGAAGGCCGUUUGUGCUUAAGUGCUUUACGAAGGUUCCUAGAGGCCCUUUCAUGUCAUUGAACUCAAUAUACCAUGCGCUUUCAUUGCUCCUGUAAUAAUUCAUAUAAGUUGGACACAGUUUUGAGUGACUGCACAGGCCUCCUGAUAGCGUUUGCAAGAAAUGGAGAUGUUUGAACGUUGUCUAUCGCGGCCCCAUUGCCAUUGUCUGAGCAUUCCAACUGGAUAUUUUGCGCCAGGGACUCAAACAUAUCUGACAGUUGGGUAGUUGUAAUAUCAACACUACACAUUUCUGUGCGUUGGUGGACAGGAUCCAUUAUGAUAUGUAAGGGUGGAAGGCCCUUCAAAAUAGCCUCCAACCCCCCCGCCACUGUACCCAUAGAAUUUGAGAGUUCAAGAACCUGCUUCAAAACCCGUAAGGAGUAUAAAAUAGAAUAUAUCUGUGCUGAUAGGUGAAUGUCUGCCCAU